AUGAAGUCAUGUGCACAGUUUGUCUUUUUAAUUUUUUCCCUGUACAUUAUAUUGAAACACUUUUUUCCGACUGUAUUCAAAAAAUUAAAUAACACAUUAGACAGCGACACGUUAAAUUCCAUAAAAUAUAGACAGGGCUAUGUAGACAAGUUGGAGGAAAAAGGCAAUACUGAAUUAAUAAAUGAAGAAGGAUAUGUGUUUGAAGAUGCUCUUGAAGAAGUAUAUACAAAUGAGAAAGAAAUAAAAACUGGUGGAGAUGGUAUUCCUGUGGAAGAAGCAACAAAUAGCCAUAAGGAAAAAGAAGGUGAAAAAGGAAAAGGUGAUAAUCAAGUUAAAGAAAGUGAACCAAAUGUUGCAAAUAUAAAUACAAAUUUUAAUAUAGAAAAAAAUGCAGAUGUCAACAAUGAAGUCAAAGGAUCAUAUAACAUUUCUACGGUAGAGGGAAAAGAUCUGAAUAAUAAGGAAAAGAGUGAUAAUAAUGCUAAGGAGGGUGAAAAAUAUAAUUUGAUGCCAGAAAAUAACGAUACGGUAAUAAAUCUAGGGGGAUCAUAUUUUUUGGAAAAAAGAGGAGAGCACAUUAUCUAUGACAUAAAAGAGGAGGAUGAAAAUUUGAUUGAUAACACAAAGGAUGAUAAAGAUUUAACAGAAGCAAAAGGAAAUUUUGACAAUAAAGCGGCAUAUAGUAUGAAUGUCAAGAAUAUUACGAGUCAUGUGGAAAAAGGAGCAGAAGCAAGUACUAGUAAGAAAGAAGAAGAAGGGGAAAAACAUGUGUAUGAGAAAGAACCAAAUAAUUAUCAAAUAAAAAAUGAAGGACAAGAGAAUGAAAACACAGGCACAAGUUAUAGCUUGAAAAGAGGUGCAGAUAGUUAUAAUGACCAAAAAAAAUCGAGUUCUAAUUUGCUAGAAGGUGUACAAGAAAAGAAUGAAAGGGAAACGAAUAACUAUAAAUUAAAAGAAGGUGAAGAAAACAUCCAAGACAAUUCAACAAAUGAUUUGUCAAAAUUGGGUGAAAAAGAUGAGCAGAAAACGGUUCUAAAUAACGAUAAAAUGGAAUUAGACACAAGGAAAGUGAAAAAGAAAUAG